AUGGUACGUUAUUUCUGUUAUUUUAAUAUCGAACUCGUUUUUUAAGACUUUAUUUAACUUUCUUACAAGUGUUUAUUUUUGACGCGUUUUUUCAUUACCUACAGCACAGGCUAAAGUCAUCACAAAGGGACAAAGUUCGACAGUUUAUAGCUUUUACUCAGACCGAUGAGAAAUCAGCAAUUUUCUGUUUAAGUCAACAUGAUUGGAGGUUGGAUGUCGCCUCAGAUCAGUUUUUCCAACAUCCUCAUCGAUACAUGAAGGAGUCAAAGACAACAGUUGAUAAGAAAAAAUUACAGCAUUUGUUUGAGCGAUACAAAG